AUGGAUUGGAAUAGAGAAUUGUCGAAGUUCGUAAAAGAAGGCAAUUACGAAAAGGUGAAACAAUGGUUAGAAAGAGUAUACGUAGAUAAAUUGGAGGUUACCAGCGAUUAUCCUUUAAUUAUUGCAAUUGAAAACAACGACGUUGAAAUGGUCCAGCUCCUAAUGGACCCUAAAUUGCAUAUUGACCCUAAAAACUUUCAAAUUGAUCCAGUUAUUCAUGCUUCCCGACAUUCAGCUGUAAAUGUGGAUGUGCUGGAAGCAUUAAUUCAUACAGAUCUUGAUAUCAAUGCUAAAGAUUCGCAUGGUAUGAAUGCCUUACAUAUGGCAGCACAGUUUAAUUUUGAAGAAAAGCUGGAGGUUCUAUUACAGAGUCAGCGUUUGGGUACAAACGAAGUGGAUCAUUCUGGUAGGAAUGCACUUCAUCAUUUGAUUGAAACAACAUGCUUUGACAAUUUAGAUCAGUUUAAAAGAUGUGCCAUGCUACUAAUUGAGAGAGACGUUAACAUUAAUGCACAAGACCAAAUGGGAGAGACGCCUCUUCAUAAAGUUUUCCAAAAUUACUGUAAUCUCAUCCCAGACAUUCUGGCAUUCUUCCUUCAAAAUGGAAAGGAUAUUAAUCAUGAACUGAAAGACAACGAUGGAUUUACAGUUUUCCAUAUUAUGGUUUCGAACACAAACGAAAGCAUAAAGGAACAGACAAACUUUGCCGAAAUAAUUGAAGCCAAGGACAAAAUGAUUAGAGACUUCUUGAUUGGUAGAUUAACUACGGUUGAGCCUGUUGUAUUAGUUCGUCUGUUAAACGAACUAAAUAACAAUGGCAAUUCUGCAUUCGAAACUUAUGCAGAUGGCGAACAAUUUACAAUGGAAACCAUUAAUUGCAUGAUCGAGAGAGGGGCUGAUGUCAAUAACAAGGAUAGUCUUGGCAUCACUCCACUCGCGAAAGCUGCUCUCAGAGAACUCGACGAACUUGUUGACGUCUUUUUAAGAGCAGGUGCAGAUGUGAACAUAACGGACAUCUUUGGGCAAACUGUUUUGUUUAGAGUACGAACCAUACACUCAUUUAAAAGCCUAUGUGAAUAUGGCGUACAACUUAACGUGAAAGAUAAGUUCGGUCGUUCACCUCUAACAAACAACUGUUUGUAUACUCCAUUAGAAUUUCCACCCAUGGGAAUGACUUUGCAAUCUAGUUUGUCAAUACAUCCCCCAUUGGCAACACUUUUUCUUGAUCACGGAGUAGACGUAAAUGUUGUAGACAGAUAUGGAUCCUCACUGUUGCAUUAUGGGGCGUGGCAUUCGGAUCUCAAUAUGAUACAAGUUUUGCUUGAAAACGGCGCAAGGAAAGAUCUAGUCGAUCAACAUGGAUACACACCAUAUGAUCUUGCCAUUCAUCAUGGUAACUGUGACGUAUUCCAACUGUUAGAAAAUGAUCAUAAUCAUGGCGUUAAUAUGGCUACUACAGAAAAACGACAAAUAUAUGAGAAGAGCGCUAUAUAUGUUCGGUCUAUGAUUAAUCAUCAGAAUGCAAACAAUAUGCAGGAAACAUUGAGUAGUGUUGGAAUAGAUGAUAAUGCAGAAGAUUUAUUACAACUGUUGAUGUCGUCACCAAGAACAGGCUUUACCGAUAAUUUAAGUGAUACAUCGAAAAUAAAGUCUGAUGUCCAUGAACUCAUGACCAGAAUCGCUAAUGUUAUUGGUGAAAUGGAUAGUCGAUUUCAAUGCACUAUUUUCCCAACCGGAAGUUCGGCAGAAUGUACUCAAAUAGGGGAUCUAGUCGAAAUGGAUUUUGUUUUCUGUUUAUCAUACUUUAACAGCCAAUGCGAGGUUAUUCAAACAGAUGAUCUUCUAGAAACUGGAUUUGCAAUUUUGAAAUUAAAAAAUUAUCACAAAAGUCACGAUUUGGUAUCGUUUGUUGAUCAAAGCGAUGUAUUACAGUCAGACAUUGUUCGCGAGAAAUUUCAAGACCUAACAACCAGUGCAGUGAAUAGGGCAGACAUUUGGUCUUCCGAGCACAUUUAUUUCGACGGACUUCUAGGAUUUCCAGACGACAAACCAAUUAUCAAUCUCAGAAUUCAGUGGUAUGGAGCGUUGGCUAAAUGCGUUAGCAUAAGCAUCGACAUUGUUCCUGCAAUUCACAAACCCGACUGGAUUCCACGAGAUAUCGAUCAUAGUUUUAUGGAGCUGCUUACUCCAAAGGUAAAGGAGGCAGGAUUCUUUUUAUUGUUUCAUUUACCUCAUAUAACCACGUCUUUGAAGCCAUGUUAUGUUAGGAUAUCGAGUGCUCCAGCUGAAAUUCAGAUUAUCAAGAUGAUGCCAGACUUAUUAAGAGAGAGUUUUUCUCUUUCUAAGAUUUUAAAAAGUUGGCACUUUUGUCCACUUGUUCAAUUUAGUGAUGACGAAAAUGACAGUUCUACUGACACAGAAUCUGUUGAGGACGAAAAUAAUGACGACAACGACGAUUCCGAUAAAAUUGGUAAGUUAAACCUCACAACAAAGACCACUAAACAGCUACAACCAUGUAUAAUAUCCCAAAUGGGUAAAGAUCAAAUUGGCGAUGGUGAAAAGUCUCCAGAUAAUUCUAGCGAAAGCGAAAAUUCACUGGGAAUUCAGAAAGCAGCUGGAUGGAUAGUAGCUCUUGAUGAAACACAUGUUAUCAGAAAAUUAUUCUUACCAAAGGAAAACAAAGCUGAGCCUAUGGAAAAAUUUAUCGGAAAAUAUGCUAAAGAACCCUUUACUGAAAUGACUGUUGAUAAUAAUAUUGGGAGUCGCACGUUAUUUGUAUCGAAAGAGGACCAACCUUCAACAAACAGGAGAACUAUUGAUUGUAACGAACAAAUCACAAAUAAAAAAGAACAUUUGAGUAAAAACACCGAUUUUCCAGCUUGCACGAGUCCAUCAAAUUGCGAACAGCAAGUUAACAGCAUUAUAAGCAGCACAAGGAACAUGUUAGAAUCACAAGAAACAAAAGAAAAUAGUGUCUUAAAAUCUGAUAGCAUAUCAUUGCAAAUGAUAGACGGAAGCAAUGAGACUCGGCGUGAUUAUAACGUUCAUUCAAUAGAUUUCGAAUACAAAGAAGAAAAUUCAAGAAAGGAUGAAAGUUGUGGAGAAUCGGAAAUUUCACAAGAUAAAAGUUCAUCGACGUUUGACGAUGAUUUUGUUGGAGGAGAUGUUGUUCAAGCAAAGGACGAAAUUUCAAGCUAUAUGCUUAAAAACUGUUUAUUUUAUACACUCGUACUAAUCCGACAAAACAAUUUGAAGGACCUGAGUCACCUCAAAGUCACAACAAUGAUUUAUGAAACCCUUUUGAAAGCAGCAAAGUCAAAGCAAUUGCCAUCAUACUUUAUGCCAUAUAUUGAUAUUUUCUCCUACGUUGAUACACAUAUUCGCAAAGUGUCUACAAGUAAAGCAGAAAGAGAACUUCAAAAACAUUGUGCAAGAAUUGAAACAUUUUGUAAGGUUAUUCUUGGAAUUCUUUCUCAAAGAAAACAGCAAAGUUCAAAUUAG